UGCUUUACCUGAGCUGCUGACGUAGGGGGUUGUUGGAGACAGGAAGGAGGAAGAGGAGCCGGGAGCAUUUCCAUACAGAAAAAGAGAAUAUAACCUCUAAAAAGAAGAAGCCCCCCCCCCCCUCAGUCACUGCGGUGCAACAGGUGCCCAGGGACAGCACACAGGAAUUGGAGGAUUUUGGCACAAGGAGCAUUAGAACCUUUUCAGUUCCAGCAGGACAAUUAUUAACCCAUUGACUGCAAGCGGGGGGAGAAAGGAAACAUCCCAGCAGGCAGUAUGUCAGCCUCCGCCGUGUAUAUCCUGGAUCUGAAGGGAAAGCCCCUUAUCUGCAGGAACUACAAGGGUGAUAUCGACAUGCUGGAGAUUGACCAUUUCAUGCCCUUGCUGGUGCAGAAGGAAGAGGAGAGCAACCUGACUCCAUUGCUGACCCACGGAAAAGUGCACUUCAUGUGGAUCAAGCACAGCAAUCUCUAUUUGGUUGCACUAACCAAUAAGAAUGCCAACGCCUCCCUUGUUUAUUCCUUCCUGUAUAAGUUGAUAGAGGUCUUCACAGAAUACUUUAAAGAGCUGGAGGAAGAGAGUAUUCGGGAUAACUUUGUCAUUGUGUAUGAGCUGCUGGAUGAGAUCAUGGACUUUGGGUUUCCACAGACGACAGAGAGCAAAAUUCUUCAGGAGUAUAUCACUCAGCAAGGAAACAAAUUGGAUACAGGCAAAUCUCGUGUCCCCACCACGGUGACCAACGCCGUGUCCUGGAGGUCCGAAGGGAUCAAGUAUAAGAAGAAUGAAGUCUUCAUAGAUGUGAUUGAGUCCGUCAAUAUUCUAGUGAAUAGCAACGGCAGCGUUCUACGCAGUGAGAUUGUGGGCAGUGUGAAGCUAAAGGUCUUUCUCUCGGGGAUGCCGGAGUUACGGCUGGGGCUUAACGACAGAGUCCUCUUUGAACUAACUGGCCGCAACAAAAAUAAAACAGUGGAGCUUGAAGACGUGAAGUUUCACCAGUGCGUCCGCCUGUCCCGCUUUGAGAAUGACCGCACCAUUUCCUUUAUCCCUCCGGAUGGCGACUUUGAGCUCAUGUCUUACAGGCUGAACACACAGGUUAAACCAUUAAUCUGGAUAGAGUCAGUAAUUGAGAAAUUCAGUCAUAGCCGGCUGGAGAUUAUGGUGAAGGCUAAGGGGCAAUUUAAGAAACAAUCGGUGGCAAAUAAUGUGGAGAUUUCUGUGCCGGUGCCGAGUGAUGCUGAUUCUCCCAAGUUUAAAACCAGUGUGGGGAGCGCGAAAUAUGUCCCUGAAAAAAAUGUGGUGAUUUGGACAAUCAAAUCAUUUCCGGGGGGCAAGGAGUAUCUGAUGCGUGCCCACUUUGGCCUGCCCAGCGUGGAGACAGAAGAGUUAGAAGGGAAACCCCCAAUAAGCGUCAAGUUUGAAAUACCCUACUUCACUGUUUCAGGGAUUCAGGUUCGAUACAUGAAGAUCAUUGAGAAAAGUGGAUAUCAAGCCCUCCCGUGGGUCCGAUAUAUCACUCAGAGCGGAGAUUAUCAGCUACGAACCAACUGAAUGAAGCACCUGCAGUGAGAAUGGAACUUUGCCUAGUGGGACGCGCUCCUCUUUACUUCUUAAAGGGAAAGUAUCCCCAUAUACUGAGAUUAGAUUUCAAGUCUGGUCCUUUUUUUUUGUUUUUGUUUUUAACUUUUUGUUGGCUUUUUUAUUUACCCCUCCCCCACUUUGCAUUGGGAGCAUGAUGAUUUGCACUUGCAUUGAGACAUUUAGGCAGGAUUCCUAUGGACACAGGCUAAAGUUCUUAAGGGGGCCUCGCUCUAUUCUUCUAGAGAUCAACUGGAGGGACCUUGGAUAUAUUUCUCAUAGAAAUAGGUAUUUGCUUACCCAGCAAUAAAGAGAAAGAAUGUGUUUGUCCUGCACCCCUACAAAUAACCUUUGUCUCAAGAUGGAGGAAGGUCCGGACUUCCUCUGUGACUCCGCCCCUGAUCCGCUAGAAAUCUCAUCUCUCCUACAUUUGGCUGCAAUCAAUAACUCCGGAAACUUUAAUAUCCGGUGAUACUUUCCCUUUUAUAAAUGAUUUUUUUUUAAAUGUAAAUUUCAUCUUAAAUAUUCUAGAAAAAUAAUAAUGAGAAUGAUUCUAUGAGCAUUGAAAAGGAGGGGAUCCAACCUAUGUACCUACAGGGGGUGCAUUUCAGCUGGCCAAUACAAACUGCAGACAGGACAAGCCUGCAGCUUAUUGGUCCUUGUACAGGUCCUUCCCUGGAAAUCUGCCCAACAAAUCUCUGUCUGAAAAUUGGCUGGGUUAGAAAAUCCAAUUGGACAAGGACCACAUCAGUAAACUGAUGCAAUCCUUUCCUGAUAGGUCUACGCUGGCUGACACUAUGAUCCAAUCAUUGGCUGGGCUCACUACACACCUGACCCUUUUCUUUGAAGCUGUUUCUGUUCUUCCAAGUCCUCGGGGGAGUGGCUUUUGGUGCUUGACUCCUUGUGGGCGGUACCUAGCUCUAACAGACAGGACGGUACAGACACAUCAUUGAUUAGAGAAGAAAUACAUUGUAUAAACUUUGUAUGCACAAAGGGGAGACUUUUCUUUUCAGCUCUGUGCCCCCCCAGCACCCCCUGCAUUGAAGUCACAUGACUGAUAUUAGAUUUUUGUAUGGCUUUAGUUUAACUGGCAGAAGAGGAGACACCCCUGGGCUAUACAAUAUAAUGCUGCAUAAUUGUAACAUCUAUAAAUGAAUGCUGCUUCUCCGGCCAUUUCUGUACUUACAGUAUACAUAAACACAUACAUAAAUGAAUAUCUUCAGAAUCUGUUUAUUGCAUGAAACCUCCUGUUCAAAGCUGAAACUAUAUAUAUAUGUGUGUGUGUGUCUCUCUAUUUUGUGAGCUUGUUUUACUGUAGAUCUAUAUAGCACAGAGAAAUGUUUAUGCAUAUAUAAAUCUGUUUUCCGUUGUGGUGGUGAAUUUGAGGUGUAAGAUUUGAAAAUAAGUCCAAUAAAAUAUAUAUAUAUCUUUU